UUUAGUGCUUUUUUCCCCUUUUAAAAUACACACACACGCACACACACACAUACAUACACACACACAGAGUCCUAAAAGAAAAACAAAAAAAGAGAAAACACAGCCAAUAAAUUAACCUAAAACGAUGGACCUGGGGGAGUUCGCGUGAGUGUGAGCAUCGUGAUUGUGCGCGCCUUUCUUUCUCUCCCUUUCUUAUUUGUCUCCGUGUGAAUCUUUCCAGUACCCUCCCCCUGGCUCAGUUAUAUUAUUCCCCAGCACUUGGAAGCCGGCUACAGGAGCUGACGCUUUCAUGUUAUCUGCAAGCGUUUGUGCUGAUCUUAUUUCUACCCCCUGAAUAUUAAUUCCUGACGCUGGCAGUGAUAACCUCCCCAGUGACGGUCCCUACUAGAGGCAGGUGGGGGGAGCCACCAUCAAAUCAUAAGCAUAAUAAUAAUACAAAGGGGAGGGUUUUUUCUGCAACCAGGAGACAAGAAGCAAGAGGGGGGGGAAAGCGAUGAGUUCGCCAAAUAUAUUGAGCAUAGGAAGCUCCGUCUACUGGACUCCUGUAUUUUCACAGAAAAUGACGGUGUGGAUUCUGCUUCUGCUAUCUCUCUACCCAGGCUUCACUAGCCAAAAGUCUGAUGAUGACUAUGAAGAUUAUGCUUCUAACAAAACAUGGGUCUUGACACCAAAAGUCCCUGAGGGGGAUGUCACUGUCAUUUUAAACAACUUGCUGGAAGGAUAUGACAAUAAACUUCGACCUGAUAUUGGAGUGAAACCAACAUUAAUUCACACAGACAUGUAUGUGAAUAGCAUUGGUCCAGUGAAUGCUAUCAAUAUGGAAUACACUAUUGAUAUAUUUUUUGCUCAAACAUGGUAUGACAGACGUUUGAAAUUUAACAGCACCAUUAAAGUCCUCCGACUGAAUAGCAAUAUGGUUGGGAAAAUCUGGAUUCCAGACACUUUCUUCAGAAACUCCAAAAAGGCUGAUGCCCACUGGAUAACCACUCCCAACAGGAUGCUGAGAAUUUGGAAUGAUGGCCGCGUGCUCUACACUCUAAGGUUGACAAUUGAUGCUGAGUGCCAAUUACAGCUGCACAAUUUCCCAAUGGACGAACACUCUUGUCCCCUGGAGUUCUCCAGUUAUGGUUAUCCACGUGAAGAAAUUGUCUAUCAGUGGAAGCGUAGUUCUGUUGAAGUGGGGGACACGAGGUCUUGGAGGCUCUACCAAUUUUCAUUUGUUGGACUGAGAAAUACCACUGAAGUAGUCAAGACAACUUCUGGAGACUAUGUGGUCAUGUCUGUCUACUUUGAUCUGAGCAGAAGGAUGGGCUACUUCACCAUCCAGACCUACAUUCCCUGCACUCUCAUUGUGGUUCUGUCAUGGGUAUCCUUCUGGAUCAAUAAGGAUGCUGUUCCAGCCAGAACGUCUUUAGGUAUCACUACUGUCCUGACAAUGACCACCCUCAGUACCAUUGCCCGGAAAUCUCUCCCCAAGGUCUCCUAUGUCACAGCAAUGGAUCUUUUCGUCUCUGUUUGCUUCAUCUUUGUCUUUUCUGCUCUGGUGGAAUAUGGGACCCUGCAUUAUUUUGUCAGCAAUCGGAAACCAAGCAAGGACAAAGACAAAAAGAAGAAAAACCCUCUUCUUCGGAUGUUUUCCUUCAAGGCCCCUACCAUUGACAUCCGCCCGAGAUCAGCAACCAUUCAAAUGAACAACGCCACACACCUGCAAGAGAGGGAUGAGGAAUACGGGUACGAAUGUCUGGACGGCAAGGACUGUGCCAGUUUCUUCUGCUGCUUUGAAGAUUGCCGAACAGGAGCUUGGAGACAUGGGAGGAUACACAUCCGCAUUGCCAAAAUGGACUCAUAUGCUCGAAUCUUCUUCCCCACUGCCUUCUGCUUGUUCAAUCUGGUUUACUGGGUCUCCUAUCUUUACCUGUGAGGAGAUAUGGGUUUUAUCGAUGUGGGUCUUAUUCUCUGAAUCUCAUGGAAGGAAGAUGUCCUUUCUAAGUCCACUUAAAGAAUCCCCUGAGUAGUCAGUAAUGAUCUGGGUUUGUUUCUAUGUCAUAACACUGUAAAUUGUAUAAUGUUUUGUUUGUGCCCAACUUUCCAUUAAUUAGUGUAAUUUGAACUUCAGUGUGUGCUGUGUUUCAAACCUGCAAGGCAAAGUAAAAUGAGGGCCAGAACAGUGAAACCAAGCAAGGUAAUUUAUAGUGAUAGCAACUGAUAUAGUGAAAGCCCUGGCUAUUUAUAUAGUAGUGUUAUUCUUACCUGAUUCAUAAUGCAAUUAGAUGCAGAUGUCCAAUACUAUAUCAUUUGUUCACUUGGGGUCAAGUUGUGAUAAAGUUGAACACAAUAGAAUACAUCUCUCAUUUGAGAAGAAUCACAACUCAACUUAAAUAUAAAAGACUAGUUUAGAAACUUAUUAUGCCUUUUUUCCUAAGAUAGGAAGAAAAUUUCCUCCACAUCCUAUGUACAAUGAUGUAAAUAUUUCAGUAACACAGAAUGCUUCGAGUUUAAUGCAUGCCUCUCUUUAGAGCCAAAAUAAAUGGAUUGAAGUUAUCAUCAUAAUGUACUGUCUUUUAUUUUGUGUCUUUGGGCUUUAAAAGAAUUAUGAAUGUAAUUGCAAAGAUUUGGGGUAACAAUUGGAGGGAGGAAUUUUCCAUGCCUUCUCCUUCAUGCAUGAAGAUUCAGGGUUGUUUAUCUCCUUGUUUGACAUAUUAUAAACUUUGAGUAAAAUAUAGGCUGAUGAGCUGACACUUUCUAAGUCUAAGUAAGCCCAGUUUCCUAAGUGGAGUAUCAAGUGAUGGUAUCUGCUUGCCACUAUUUUUUCUUCCUUUUAGGAUGAUAGAUCUUAACAGAACUUACUCUCCAUCUCAAGAUCUGCUUUUAGUGACUGUGAGUGCCUUGUGGGCAGAAUCUCUGUCAUUUCUUCUUUGGGUUCUCAGCACCUUGCGCAGUGCCUGGUACACAGUGCUCAGUAAAUAAAUUUUGAAUUGAGUUGAGUUGCUCUUCUAAGCUUCUAGUGAAUCUGUCUGUGCUGGUCUUGGAUAGAGGGAUCCAUCCAUUCACAAUGGCAUUAGCAAGUGUUGUUUGAUCUUAUACAAAUAACCAGAGGAUCCGAUGAAUUGUGGCUAUUUUUUUAAUCUUGAAAAAACUGUUGUAGGCAGUCUGUACUUCUUUUAAAAUAGUAUCUCUGUCCUAUGUUUGCGUACAGAAAUGACUACUGGGGCAUAGAUAUUGUUUAUUUUUCCAGGUCCGGGUAUGAGUCAGUUCUGACCCAUUCAAAAUUCUGCUAGUGAAUUUAUGACAAGCAUAAGCAAGAUUCAUACCUGACUGAUGUUUGGAAUGUAGUAGUCUAUACUCAGAAAAAGAUGCACUGAGGAUUAAUUUAAAAAUUUAAAGAACAAAUGAAUGGCUUACAUUGAGGUCACUAGGCCUGGGACAGGGGCCUCAUUAGACUGUAAUGUAAUCAAAUCAAGUGAUUGCCAUAGACUUGAAACAUGAUGGGUUCAGCUCAAUUUUCAUAUACUCAUCCUGAAUCCUUAUUUUUCUAGAAUAGUACCCCUCAUCAGUUAUUCUUUAUGGCAAUCAUUUCUCUAAGUCAGAACUUAAUCAUAGCUAGUAUAACUUUAUAGAUAAUCUAAAAAGAAUAGAAAAGAAAGAGCGGCUUUGUUGAAACAAAACCAUGUAAAAUCAUCAUCAAGUCAUCUGGAUGAAUCUUGAAAUACAUUUAGCUGCCAACUAUACAAACUUUUGAUGUAUCAGUGCUCUAGUAUUUAACCUCAAAUGUAAAUAGAAUGAAUUAUUUUCUUGUUUUCAAUUGUUGAAAUAUUAAAUGUGGAAUUUUGGGGAGAGUUGUGGGAAAAUUUCAAUGAUGAGAAAUAUGUUGUUAUUGUCAGCUUGAAAUGUGUUCUGUAAUGAGGACACUUAAAAAAGCUAGCUUUUUAAUGUGUGCAUAGUAUUGCCAAUAUGGUAUCUAUUAUAUAUAAUCUAAUCCUUAAUUAUCAGCUGCUCCCUGUCUGUGUAUUUGAAAACCUUUUCAGAAAGGGAAUUGCCUAACAUAUGUACUUUUACAAUAAAAAAAUCUACAUUCUAAUCUA